CAGACUUGUUAGUCCGCCGGCAAACACUUUUCACUGUUUACAAACUCUUUUUGUCAAACGCCUCAACAUCACAAAAUGAAGCUCACAUUCGUCGUUUACAUCGCCUCCCUUGUCGCUUCUGUUUCUGGUGCACCCGUGAGCACUGAGGAGGUUGAUGCUGGUCUCUUCACUUCUCUGGAUGGCGUUUGGAAUAGCUACGGCUACGAUGAGAAAAAGAGGCGUGAUCUCAUAAAGAAAGGUACUACUGAGGAGGUCGACGCCGGUCUCUUCACUUCUCUCGAUGGUGUUUGGAAUAGCUACGGCUAUGAUGAGAAGAAGCGACGUGAGAUUAUGAAGAAGCGCCGUGAGGCUAUGAAGAGGGGUACCACUGAGGAGGUCGAUGCUGGUCUCUUCACUUCUCUGGACGGCGUUUGGAAUAGCUACGGCUAUGAUGAGAAGAAAUAAGCAGUUUAAAGCUGAGGCCAUCAUUAAAUUGGCCACACGCCCUCUCCUGCACGUGUGGGAGGACAGACAGAAUGGAGGCGAAGCCUGCGGGAACAGAGAAUGAUAGUCGCUAGCUUUCAAACGAUGUCAUAUCACGCUUUCCAAUGCUUUCCCAUGAGCCUAUGAAGGUGCCGUGGGAGGUUGAAAAGGUCGAAGAUAGCUGGAUCCAGCGAAAUUCAAUUGGUAUUAUUUCUAU